UCACUUGAUAAAAUGUCAAUUCCUUGAAAUAACAAACUUGUGCUAUUAAACAGGAAGACCUUGCUCAGGUUGCGCGUUAAAGACGAGAACCGAAAAGAACGGUAACGGGGGUGGCUAGUACUGAGCGUAAAAGCUGGAGUAAAAGUUGAGCAGUUCCUCCACCUUGCGCAACAGUGAUGAAGGUACAUCUCCAAAUAUUCCAAUUUCUUAUCUCUACUCAAGUCUUGACGAUUUUCUCGUUCUCCGCAUCCGCCCGCUCUGAACAACGGUUAAAAACAGGAAUUAUCAGCGCGGGUGAUGUUAUAAUUGGCGGCUUAAUACCCGUUCACUUCUCACCCAAUUUUUCGCCGCAUCCUGGCAAUACGUCAUGCCAAGGCUUCUUCCAUUUACGCGGGUUCAAAGGGGUAGAAGCCAUGUUAUACGCAGUAGACCUCAUCAAAGGAAACUCUACGUUGUUUCCAAAUGUAACUCUGGGAGUUCAUAUAAAAGAUACAUGUGGUUGUGUGGAUUAUGCCAUCAGGGAAAGCUUGAGUUUCGACUUUAUCAGGAGCGCUUACAUUGCCUCAGAUCUUCUUGACUGCGCCAGACCCAGUUGCUGUUCAAGUAAGUAUCGCACAGCAGCUAUCGUAGGAGCAGCCUUCAGCGGCGUAACCAUGGCAACGGCAAGCCUCACAGGGCUUUUCCACGUGCCUGUAAUUAGUUACGCUUCAACGAGUCGUCUUCUCAGUGACAGGUCUCGUUUCCAGUACUUCUACCGAACGGUACCUUCGGACAACUUCCAGGCUCAAGCAGUUACGUCCCUUCUUCACGAAUUUCAGUGGCAUUUCGUCAUCGUUCUAGCGUCGGAUAACGAAUACGGCCGCUCGGGCGUCACAGCUUUGAAACAGACGAUCCAGAAUGACACGACUCGAGAUCAGAUCUGCGUAGUAGUCGACGAACUCUUUUCAAGGAAAGGGAGUCGAAAUGAAAUGACUCAAAUCUUCAACAAGAUCCAACAAUUUUCGCAAGCAAAAGUUAUUAUUCUUUAUGCUGAAUUUCCAGAUGCUGUGUAUUUUUUCCAAGAAGCAAAAAUUAAAUCGUUAAGGAAUUACAUGUUUAUUGCAACUGACAGCUGGGUUGGGUCUACAGAAGUGAUUAGAGGUUCCAGUGAUAUUUUCAAAGCCAUCAUCGGUUUGAGGCCUCCAAUUAAAUCCAUGCCAACAUUUGACGCGUACUUCCUGGAAACUCUCAAGAAAAACAACAGCAGAAAUCCAUGGGCUUCCGAAUGUAACAAAAGUUUAAUUUGUAGUGAGAAAAGCGCUGAACCGUGUCAAUCGGAAGUUCACCACGACGGGUAUGUCGCUUACAUAAUGGAUGCGGUAUUUUCAGUCGCGCAUGCGCUGCACGCAAUGCUCGGCUGCAACGAUAAAACGUGCGCUAAGAAAUGGAUGGAUGUGGACAUCCGGGAUCUUUCACAGUUCAUUCAAAAUGUAUCUUUUGCAGGAUAUUCACAAAAAAACAUCUUCUUCAAUGAAGAGGGCAGUACUAAAGGGCACUAUGAUGUUUAUUACCUGGGCAUAGAAAGCAGCAAAUAUACGAAAGUGGGUUCGUGGAGUCAGUCUAAACUAGAGCUUGAUUUAUCGAUAAUUUCACAGCACGGAUCUGAUUUUCCAUUGCCAGCUUCAAUCUGCAGUAUCCAUUGCCGGAAAGGCGAGUACAAGAUUCCAAAAUCUCAGUUCCCGGAGUGCUGCUGGGAUUGUGCAAAGUGCGAAGGGAAAUCGUUUACCAAUACGUCACACAUGACCAAAUGUUCGUAUUGCCCGGAAGGAACUUGGCCCACCGCUGACCACUCAGCAUGCAGUCCCAUCGAAGCCGCCUAUCUCCACUGGGAUGAGACCUGGGCAGUCGUCAUUGUCUUCUUUUCAUCAUUUGGUUUGGCCAUUGUGACAUUCACUGGCGUUGUGUUUAUAAAAUUUCGCGCUACACCAGUGGUGCGAGCUGCUAGCAGACAACUAUGCUACUUUCUUCUAUUGGGAAUUGCAAUAUUCUAUGUGACGCCUCUUCCAUACAUCGCCAAGCCCUCGGCCGUCACCUGUAGAACUCUUCCAGUUAUGUUUGGGCUGUGCUUUGUGCUGGUAGUUGGCACAAUUCUCAUCAGAACAAACCGAGUUUCCAGGAUUUUCAACGAGAAACUUCUUCGAACAGGGAAAAUUGGUUGCCUUGGCAACCACUGGCAGAUGUUUAUUUUAGGAUGUCUGCUGGCCACUGAGAUCGCGCUCACCGUUGCUUGGGUAUAUGGUUCCUCGUCUCCAGUUCUUCCGCAAAUAAUCUAUUCUAAGGCCUCUAAAGAUGCCUCUCUUAUCUGCAACUUGAGUGGAAGUCACAUUGGCUUUUCUUUGUGGCUUAUCUACAACGCAGGCUUGGUCGUCGUAUGCACUUAUCAAGCUUUUCUUGUGCGGAAAGUGCCACAGAAUUAUAACGAGUCAAGAUUGAUUGCGUUCAACAUGACCACACUAUGUAUUACCGUCUUUGUCUAUAUUCCGUCGUACAUGGGUACCUCAGGGUGGUAUCGAACAGUUAUCUCAUGUUUCAUGUUCAUAUUUCUUGGAACUCUCACCUGGGUGAGUAUCUUUGCACCGAAGAUUUAUAUUAUGCUGUUCCGACCGCACAAAAACAUUCCCAUGAGACCUUCUGUGAGCUCCAUUACUUUAGGAGUGAUCACACCCACGCCAGCGGCCAGCAGUAUUAGUGAUCAGUACAUGUGUAGCAGGCAAAAUUCUCUGACUCCCAACGAAGAUGGAACAUGGGGAGGCCUAUGGGCCAAGUUUGAUUUGGCACGUGAUCUGAACGAAAACGUUGCGAUCGGUGAGAAAGAUGAUUUGCCGAAAAAGAUUGAGGAAUUUGAAGAUUUUUCCGAAAAAGAACUGAAAGAAAACCAAGAAACGGAGACAAUUACAGUUGCUAAGUCACAACAACAACAAGAAAACUGUGAAAUAAUGCCCGUGAAGAAUACUUUUAUGGUGCACUUCGAAGACGAACUGACAACUGAAAUCAAUGAAGGCAAAUACACGAAAGUCGUUCCCAGGUUCCUUGGUAGUCAAGGUGGUAUCUUAAGAAGACCUUACACAUCAGAGAGCCUCGAAAAUCCUGGUAACGGGAUCGUUACGAGGAAGAAAAAAACAUCUCUAGUUCGUUUUCAGGACGAAGUGUUAAGUUGCGACGAUUUUGCAGACUACAGCGGGUCUGCGCUUCCCGCCAAAGAAGAGGAAUCCAGUCAAAUGCCCAAAGAAAAACUUGAUGCGGAGACUGGUAACAAGAGAGAACAAACAGAGACCAGCCAUGUCACUGGACAAGAGAGAAAGAGGAAAAUAUCUGUCUUUUCGUUCCAGUGACAAAGAAAAAAAAAAUUAAUCGAUAGAUCCAAUUCUUGACUAUAAUUAUAUUCGGGUUAUAAAAGUUUGUCGCCUAGCGUACCUGGAUCAAAAAAAAAAAAAAAAUUGUGCCGAAAAUUGAAAGCAUAAUGUAAUUUAAUUGUGAGAUGCAUUUUCUCUGUUUAGGGAUUCUACGGUUUGAGUUCUUGUUUGAAAGCAAUGGACUUCCUAAUUAAUGAAAAUUGUGCGCGAGUCCCAGGUCUAACAAAGAGGGCUUGCCGUCCUUCCUAUUUUCGCCAUUAUUUAAGGGAGGAAAAGCACUUCAACUGUUCAGCGUUAAGACGAAAACUAUUCUAGUGCCAUCCUCCCCCAGAUCUAGACCCGCGCAUUUUUAAUAUAUUUUCCUAAAACGUUCUGCAACUUAUAGAAGUGACGGAAUUUUUGGCUCCGGCUUUAGUUUCAGUUAAACUAGUCACUACUGUAUAAAGGCUGAUAGUUUCGAAAGAAACUGUUUGGGGCUGCGUCGGUGGGAGU